AUGCAGAAGAAAACCCGUAAAACACAGUGGUCGACCGGCUUUCGGCCGCACCGAACUCAGGUUUUACCCAUUUUUGUCAUGUUGCCCGAGACCUUCGAGCCACUCCCACCUGAGUUCGAGGCCCUCGUCGGCCGCCGCCCGGAUCUCCAGCGGCUGCGGUUCUGGACAGUGUGCGAUUUGGGCAGCGCCGACGUCGAGGCUACGCUGCUUGCUGCCGCCUUUGUGGUGCGCGGCGGGCACUUGUCAAAGUGGCGCAAGGGCGGCCGCGCUGGGACGCACGAUCGGUUUAUCAAGGUGGCCAGCAAGGACGGCGGCGCUGCGGGCGCCGUUCUGCUGUGGGAGUCGAAGCGCGGCGACAUCGUGCGGGCCGAUGACGAGAUCUUCACGUCCUGCUUUGAGGGCACCGCCGAAACUUCUCAAUGCUUCCAGGUCGUCCUUGAGCGGCGCAUGCUCUUCUUCAGCGCGCACGCCAGCAGCCGGCAGCGCUGGUGCGAGGGCAUCAACUGCCUCGCCUCCGGGAGGGUCCGCGUACUCGCGGCCACGACGCGGGCGGGUCGUGCCACCGCGGACAGUGCAACGCCGGACUACGUCGUGGUCCAGGACUGCGCCACUGGCGGAGUCUACGCGUGGAACACCCGCAAUGAGGAGGCCAACUGGAUUCGCUCCUCUGGUGUCCCCAGCUCCGCCGGCGCGUCUUCUUGCCGGCUGUCGAGCGACGAGCCGGCCGCACACUCGGUCUCCGAUCCUGCAGACGCGGGGCACGAGGCGGGGGGCCGGCCCUCACCGCUCCCUCGGCUGACAGAGGCGACGGAGGCCCUCCAGUCGGCAUGCGCCUCCCAGCAGGCUGCGGUGCUCGCCGCUUCUCUCGAGCAGUUCGGGCCGGUUUUGGCGAGCAGCGAGCAAGGUCGUCGUGACCUGAAGGCGGCGCGUUCCUACCUGGUCCAGCUCCGCCUCGCUGCCGCAGCAGGCACGCGGCGCCCGCACGAGCUCGCGGCAGCCCUGGCACGUGACGAGGCGUCCUCCCUCCCCCCGGCGGGGAGCACGGCAGUGCGGGCGGCGCUGCGGGCCGCCCUCGCUGUGGGCGUGGACGAGGACGCGGUGGCGGCUGCGAAGGCGACGCUGCGCGAGCUAGAGGAGGCGUCUGCCAGGUUCGACGCGGAGGCUGCGGAGGCGCGCCUCGCGCUGGAGGGCUCCAGCCGCUCCGGCGACCCCACUCAGAUUGAGGCGCGACACUCGGUGCAGGUUGAGCGCUCCGCCGCGACGUUCGGCCUGAGUUCGGCCACCGCCGAUGCCGCGGUGGCGACGGCGGAGCCGGACAGCGAGUCCAGCCCAUCCGCCGUCAAGGCGCUUCGCGCGCUCGAGACGGCGCUGGCGCGCGCCGCAGCUGCUGGCGUCAGCGGCCUGGCGGUGCAUCGAGCGCAGUCCCAGCGCGCCCUCAUGUCUGGGGCGGCUGAGGCGCUGCGGCGAGAGGAGGACGCGCUGUCCUGGAUCCGGGAGAACAUCCAGGCAGGCCGUGCGUGA